AUGAACCACAGGGACACACCAUCUGAACAGCCGAGAGGCAAUGAAGCAUUCAGCGAUCAGUAUGGUGGAUCGGUUGAGCAUGGUUCGUUCGAUGGAUCGGACUCGAUGAUGCUUGAGCCGGUCGGUUUGCGUGCACGCGUGCUCGCGGUUAGUCCUCGUCGAUCUGUCCGCCGGCGCAUCGCUUCGAUGCUGCACGGGCGAGUGGAGUCGAUCGAGUUCGUCGAGAGCGCGAGCGAGGCACUUGAGAAUAUCAAUACUAGCGGGACGGAUCUGGUCAUCAUCGAGCGUGCGCUUGCAAGCGGUGAUGGGAUCGAGCUGCUCGAGACGAUAACGCAUCAUCAUCCGAUGAUUGUGGGUGUGGUGCUGGGAGCGAUUCACAGCACUGACGACGCGGUGCGUGCGAUGCGUGCCGGCGCGUGUGAUCUGAUCCAGAUGAGCAGCAAGGAAGCGGACACUGUCCGUCGGCUUGUUGGAGCCGCGGAGCGUGCGGAGCGUGUGCGUCGUCGCGAUGCUCGCGUGGAUCGACUCAAAAAGCUCUGCAGCAAACUCAACAACGCUCGCGAAGAAGUGACGGGACAGAUCGGGGGACUGUGCACGGAUCUGACCGAUGCGUACAAAGAUCUGAGUCAACAGUUUGGGGAUGUGAAGAUUAAGAGCGAGCUGGAGACGCUGCUGCGUCAGGAGCUUGACAUUGAGUCGCUGCUUCGGACAUUGCUUGAGUUCACGCUCUCGAAAAUCGGCCCGACCAACGCAGCGAUCUUUAUGCCUACAAGCGGCGGGGAUUACUCGGUUGGUGCGUAUGUGAACUACGACAUCGCGAAAGAGACGGCUGAGGUCAUGCUCGAUCAACUCGCGGAUGCGAUUCCUGAGAGCGUUGAACAUCUUGAGGGUGUUCGUGCGAUGUCGGGACGCGUCGAGCUCACUGAAAUGCUCGGGACCAGCGCGUACUGGGUCGAGGAUUCGACGAUGCUGACGAUCUCAUGUCGAGAAGAGGAUGAGUGUCUCGCGGUGCUCGCGUUGUUCCGUGAUCGUUCACGCAGCUUCAGCGAAGAGGAUGUGCGGAUGCUUGGGAUCAUCGGAUCGCUCUUCGGCGAUCAGCUCGCACGCGUCAUCCAGACCCACCAUCGACACCUCCCGCGCGAUCAGUGGGGGCUGAGCGGGGAUUACGGCGUGGAUGAUGAGCCUGGUGAUGACUACGGUUUCGAUGACGGGUAUGGGGAUGACUACGGCGGAUUCGCGGCUUGA